UCGGAGAUUAACUAGCAUACUAUGGCUCGUACUAAGCAAACUGCUCGUAAGUCAACUGGUGGAAAAGCUCCACGUAAACAACUGGCUACCAAGGCUGCCCGUAAAAGCGCGCCAGCCACCGGUGGAGUCAAGAAGCCACAUCGUUACCGUCCUGGAACAGUCGCUCUCCGUGAGAUCCGUCGUUACCAGAAAAGCACUGAGCUCCUCAUCCGUAAAUUACCAUUCCAACGUUUAGUUCGUGAAAUCGCUCAGGACUUCAAGACCGACCUUAGAUUCCAGAGCUCUGCAGUGAUGGCUCUCCAGGAAGCCAGCGAAGCCUACCUCGUUGGUCUUUUCGAAGAUACCAACCUCUGUGCCAUCCACGCCAAGCGUGUCACCAUCAUGCCCAAGGACAUCCAAUUGGCUCGUCGUAUCCGAGGAGAACGUGCUUAAGUUAUUUUAACAUCAAAAACCAAUAAACCAAACGGCCCUUUUCAGGGCCACCAAAUUUUUCACACUAAGAAAACUGGAUGAGUCAUAUUUACUAAUAA